AUGCCAUCCGAAGAGUUUCACAGGAUAAUGGCCGACCUGCGCGAGCGCGAGAAACGUCUGUACGAUAAUCUGGCCGCUCUUGAGGGGGAGGGUCGGGCAGUCGUCAGAGACCAUCGCGAGCUUCUGGUUGCUAUUGAGAAUGACCAGGGACCCACUCACCCGCCUCAGCACCCUGUGGCCGAGGCUCUGAAUGCCUUCCACUCUACUCAGUUUGUUGAGCCUCCUGCUGUGGCUUCUGGCGCUGAGGUUCAGCCUGUUGAAGAUGAAGACUCGCUGUUCAUCCCUGGAGAAUCUGGAGAGUCACGCCGCGUCAGUGGGAAUGCCGAGGAGUCGCUGUUCAUCUCUGAAAGUGCCGAAGAUGCACUCCCUAGCCCACAGCAUGCUAAGAACUCGCUCUCCGUCCCCGAGGAUACUCGCAUCGAGGAGCCCACUGCCGAUCCUCGCCCUCGUCCCAAGCGACGCGUCACCUUCUCAGAUGCCCCUGAUACUAUCUUCGGCGCCAUGUCUCCUUUUGCAAACUUCGGAUCUGGAGAUGCCGCCAACACCGACGAGCUCUUGCCCGUUCAGUCGCCGUCCGGCGAUGCUCACAUUAACGACAACGAGCCCGUCUACAUAGGUAAUCGACACGCCGUCAAACGUGCUCGCCAUUUCUUCAGAACCUCGACAUUGAUGCCCUCUUCAGGCCUCACUCCCACCGUCACCCAGCAUGACCACGUCAACGCCACUCAAGAGUCUCUUCCCCCACCAGUCACUUCUGACGACACCAACAUGAGCUUCGAGGAGCCAGUCUACAAUGGUAUUCGGCGUCCUUCCAAACGUGUUCGACACUUCUCACGAACUUCAACAUUAAUGCCUUGUCCAGCUUUCGCUACCAUCGCCUCCGAAGACGACCACGUCAACGCCGCCCGAGAGUCUCCUACUCUCCCAAUCAACGCUCACGAUACCAUGAUGGGUUUCGAUCAACCAAUCUACGCUGGUAACAGGCGCCCUGUCAAACGUGUUGGACACUCUUCCAGAACUUCAAUAUUAAUGCACAACACAGGCUUUACCCCUAACUUGCCUGACAACAAACCUGCUUCCGAUCCUCAGAGCUUCGUCGGUACCUACGACCAUCAGGACUUGGUCAAAGACUACAAUGUUCAGAAUCUCGCCGGCAUCUACAACCCCCAGGACUUCGACAACAACUACAACGCUCAAGACUUCGCCGGUAGCUACAACCCUCCAGAUUACACCAGCAACUACGACCCCAACAUCCCCGCGGGCGGUCUUGUUCAGCCAUGGCAAGGCGAGCAGUACAACGACAUGACAGCUGAGUCCAAACUGCCCGACCAUGGCAACUCCCACUUUGUCUGCCCCUACCCCGAUUGUGGCAAGUUGUACGUCGACUCGGUCGACGUGGAGCAGCAUCUGAAGCAUCAUCAUCCUGAUUGGGCUUUGAUCAAGGAUGCUGUAACUGCCUCCGAUAGUAUGUGA